UAACUAUUUGAGAAAACAAAAAACAAAAAAAAAAUAUCUUUUGGAAUUUUGGUUGGAUUCAAACUAGAAUUCCGUUUUUCAAUCAUAUAUUUAUUUAUCCACGUUUCUUGCUAAUUACACAACCUCCAAAGAUCCAAUAAGACCGAAUCAAGUUUACAGUUUUUAUACGCUACCGAUAAAAUCUCCAAAAGUCCAAUCAUUUUCCCCACAAUUUCCUCCUUCUCCCGUUAUAAACUAAAGACUCGAUUUUGUGUUGAUUGUUCGAUUCACGUAAUUAAGGAGAUUUUUGGAUCAAAAGAUGGGUAGGGUUUUUAUGGUUGAUCUGGAAGGGAACAUCUACAUCUGCAAACUCUGUAAGACCCAUCUUUCUACAGACCAAGACAUCAUGUCCAAGUCUUUUCAAUGCAAGAACGGAAGAGCUUAUCUUUUCAACAACGUUGUAAACGUAUCUGUUGGAGAGAAAGAAGACAGAAUGAUGAUAACUGGACUACACAACGUAGUUGACAUUUUCUGUGUUGGUUGUGGAUCAAACGUUGGCUGGAAAUACGAGUUUGCACAUGAAAAGAGCCAGAAGUAUAAGGAAGGAAAAUCUGUUCUUGAAUUGUGAGAUUCCUUUCUUGAUUUUUUUCUUUCAAAUACAAGAUUUCGGGUCCUCAUGAUAGCAACGACUUGGUUAGUGAUGGAGAUGAUGCUUGAUUGAGGCUUUUUCCUUGUCUAGUUAUCUCUCUCUCAGAUUUCUUUUAAAUUUGUACAUUCUUGGGCCUAGAUUUUAAUUCGUUUCAAUAUGCGUAGUGGAAGACCGGUUUAAUAAUUAGGGGUUUUAUUUUCAUUUUUUUAAAAUGAAUAAAUACGCGAUCAUUAACGAAUCCUGUUGCAGAGGCAAGAGCAAAUGCCCCCUUGAUUAUCUUUUUUCUAUGAGAUUAGAUAGUCUUGCAUGCCUCUAUUAGAGGGAAGGAAAUGAUGGGGGUGUCAGUUUAAGACAGAGUUAUGAGCCAACUUCUUUGUGGAGCUCGAUGGUUAGUGACAACAACCUUUCAGAAUUAUAUAUCUAGAUGCAGUUGACAAAUUGUAGGAAAAAGCAAAUUCAGUGAAUUAAGCUGUAGAGCCAAACACGGGUUCAGUCUUACAAAGAAUUGCCUGAGAUUUGCUCUUCUUCUUCAAUCUCUAGAGCAAGUAUUAAAGAAAUUCGUUGAAAGGUUUGCUAUCACAUUGUUAACAAAACCUACGAACCUUGCUUCCUUCUCAGGACCAGGAACAAGAUUUUCUGCU